CUGUCGCUCUUUCGCUUUGCGGAGAAAGGAGAAGCGGAGGAGGCAGGCCGGGCGGGAGGCCGGGCGGGCGCGGAACAGAGUCGGGGCUGAAGCGGGCGGCGUAGCGCGGGCGCGGAGCUCAACCGGGUCAAUGUGCGGACUCCCGGGACGCCGGGCUGGGAAGCGCGCUCGAUGGACGGGACCAUUAAGGAGGCCCUCUCCGUGGUGAGUGAAGACCAGUCCCUCUUUGAUUCCACCUACGGUGCUGCUGCUCACCUUCCCAAAGCAGACAUGACAGCCUCAGGGAACCCCGAUUACGGCCAGCCCCACAAAAUCAACCCUUUACCUCCUCAGCAGGAGUGGAUCAACCAGCCAGUCCGAGUCAACGUCAAGAGGGAAUACGAGCAUAUGAAUGGAUCCAGGGAGUCCCCGGUGGAUUGCAGCGUCAGCAAAUGCAACAAGCUGGUCGGUGCCGUGACCGAAUCCAACCCCUUAAAUUAUGGCACCUACAUGGAUGAGAAGAACGGACCUCCUCCCCCCAACAUGACAACCAAUGAGCGGAGAGUCAUUGUGCCAGCAGACCCCACAUUAUGGACCCAGGAGCAUGUGCGCCAGUGGCUCGAGUGGGCUAUCAAGGAGUACGGCUUGAUGGAGAUCGACACCAACCUCUUCCAGAACAUGGACGGGAAGGAGCUCUGCAAGAUGAACAAGGAGGAUUUCCUCCGGACCACAUCUCUCUACAACACGGAAGUUCUGCUGUCUCACCUCAGCUACCUCAGGGAAAGUAGUUCCUUGCUGUCUUACAACACACCAGCCCACACGGAACAAUCCUCUCGACUCAAUGCCAAAGAAGAUGCUUCUUCCUAUGAUGCAGUCAGAAGAUCAGGAUGGGGCAAUAGCAUGAACUCUGGCCACAACAACAAAAGUCCUCCUCUGGGAGGGACGCAAGCUGUGAGCAAGAGUGUGGAGCAACAGCGACCCCAGCCAGAUCCCUACCAGAUUUUAGGACCUACCAGCAGCCGUUUAGCCAACCCAGGGAGUGGUCAGAUCCAGCUCUGGCAGUUCCUCCUGGAGCUGCUGUCUGACAGCUCCAACGCCAGCUGUAUCACGUGGGAAGGCACCAACGGGGAGUUCAAAAUGACGGACCCCGACGAGGUGGCCAAGCGCUGGGGCGAGCGCAAGAGCAAGCCCAACAUGAACUACGACAAGCUGAGCCGGGCCCUGCGCUACUAUUACGAUAAGAACAUUAUGACCAAGGUGCAUGGCAAGAGGUAUGCCUACAAGUUUGACUUUCACGGCAUCGCCCAGGCGCUCCAGCCUCACCCCACCGAGUCCUCCAUGUACAAAUACCCUUCGGAUCUCUCCUAUGUGCCUUCGUACCACGCGCACCAGCAGAAGGUGAACUUUGUGCCCCCACACCCUUCCUCCAUGCCCGUCACUUCCUCCAGUUUCUUUGGCGCCGCGUCGCCCUAUUGGACUUCCCCGGCAGGAAGCAUCUACCCCAACCCAAACGUGCCACGCCAUGCCAACUCCCAUAUGCCAUCGCACCUGGGCAGCUACUACUAGGCGGCCUUUCUCCACGUGGCAAACUGUUCUUUUUUCCAUCCGUGGAUAUCUCUGGACAUUUCUUUUCUUGUUGCUGUUGGACAUGUGCCUUUCCGUUGGGAAGAAAGCUGAAAAACUGGAUAUUAUAAUUAUUAUAAUUAUUAUUGGAGUCAACUUUUUCUUUUUUGUAACUCUGUCUUGGACAGGCAGGUGGAUUCUCCGGCGGGCCAGUAUUACGCGUUUUAUUUUGGUUCUAAGCCUUAUAUCCCCUCUAGAGCCAAGUGGAAUGUGUUUUGGAAUUUGCAGUGGUUAUCACUUCAGAUCUUAGACAAAGCGUUGUAAAGUCCAAGGCGCUUUUUUUUUUUUUU